GAAGGAAAAGGAAAUUCCUGGCCGGAACCAUUGAGCUUCACACAACUGACCACGGAUUUGUUUAUCAGUGACACACGGAGAACAGCUGUGUCUUCAGCCAGUAGCCUAUAGCCAGUUUUGACGCCUUAAAGGCCAAUGAAAGUGUCCGCGCGUGGCUUCAUCUGACUUGCGCUGGUAUAUCAGGUGGGGUUAAAGUGACAUCAUGGAGCCGGCCUGCCGUAAGGACAAACCAAAACUGAACUCGACCCCGACCCGAGGAGACAGAGCCAAGCAGAAGUCUGCACAGCAGGAGCUCAAACAGCGACAGAGAGCAGAGAUAUAUGCUCUGAAUAAGGUGAUGACAGAGUUGGAGCAGCAGCAGUUUGAGGCCUUUUGUAAACAGAUGCAGUCCCAAGGAGAAUAACAGCAGCAGCUCUGCAGAAACUGCUCCACAUGAAGUAGUUUCUGUUCUUCUGCUGAAAAAAAGACAAGACAAACUUUGCUCUUAAUUAAACUGUUACGGACAUAAAAUCUCUGCUGUAACACGUUAAUGAUACAGCUCUUAAGGUGCAGAAGCUGUAGUGCUGAUGUUUUAAGUAUCUGUAUAUGUACGGAUCUGUUUCUGGGUCAGUUCGUUCUUCCGUUUUCAUACAUGCGCUGCCAUUU